UGCAGUGUGUGUUGGCUGGGCGGUAGACUUAAUGGUCCAGCCGGACGUGGAUGCCGUUUACUAUUCCACGCUGCUUCUUCCUCGUCGCCUUUGACCUCCACCACGACCCCCCGUGCCGUCGUUUUCUUCCCCAGAUAGAUUGAUCGCUUCACGUUUGGAUUCACCCAAGAUGCUUUGCUUUCGACGGCUUCUGCGCCGCUGGACUCGGGCUCCACGCCAUUUCGUCUUCAAUUGACUCGUCUUCGGCUGUGAUAUUGAAGAUAUCAUCCGCGUCUUGUGGGCAGGGGCUAUUUCUUGCCUUGGCGGCUGGCUUACGGAGAGCAUGGAAGGGAGGAGAGGGGAAAGGUGGUCUUUGUGGAGUGCUGCGGCGGUCGCGGUGUUUCUUGGGCUGGUCAGCCCCUUGAUGGCUCUGAGGCCUCUGAAACAAAGGGCUUUUGCGGUUGAUGGAGCUUGGGGCGAGGAGCUUUUCCUUAGGAGAGAUGACAGCGACAGUUCUUUUUCUCCGUGGAAUAUUACAGGAACAUAUAAAGGACAAUGGAGCUUUCUAGAUGUAGCAAAUGGUUCUUCCAGAUUCCUAGAUUUUGGGAAAUCUAGUGGUGUAUCAGUUCUAGAGUUGGUGACUACUCAAACAAAGAUUCGUGGAGUACACUAUGUUCAGGGAUCCAUUACUUUCCAUGAUGUUCUUGACAAAGAACACGAUCAUGGGUUCGCUCAGAUGAGAUUAGAUGGAGUGCACAUAUGGCCUUUCCACAAACUUCGGAUGGUGGCAAACAGUGUUCCUAAUAAUGAGCCACUUCAACAGGAUUACUUCUCCAAUCCCUAUCAUUUGAUUGGAGUUUUCUCCUCCCAAGUUCUUCAGGAAUCGAUUCAAGAUAAACGCCCUAGAAAAAAAUCUCUGACUAACGACAUUGAGAAACAUUGUCACAUAGAGAUUGCUGCUCAAGUUUCACAGAUCUCGUCUAGACAAAAUGUAGAUGGAAAUCAUGAGCUUUACCAUUUAGAGGGGUUGAUGGAGGGUCCAGCAAUGGAUGGUGAUGGCGAGUGCUUUCCUUCAAUCUUGUUGAAUGCAACUUCUUUGAAUACUGAGGCCUAUUACAACAAAGCAGUUAACUAUACGUUGAUGGUCACUUUUAUAUCAUUUCUCCAAGUUCUUUUGUUGAUUAGACAAAUGGAGCAUAGCAAUACUCAAUCUGGUGCUGCUAAAGUUUCUAUUUUAAUGAUUGGUCAACAAGCUAUUAUGGAUGCAUAUCUAUGCCUCUUGAAUUUAACUGCUGGAAUUUUAGUAGAGUCCCUGUUCAAUGCUUUUGCCACCGCAGCUUUCUUCAAGUUUGUUGUUUUUUCAAUUUUUGAGAUGAGAUAUCUCCUUGCUAUAUGGAAAGCAAGUAGACCUUUGCAAAAUGGUGAAAGCUGGGAAAUCAUGAGGCGGGAGUUAUCUGUUCUGUAUAGCCGUUUCUAUGGGAUUUUGUUAGGUGGUAUUCUGCUACUAUACCAUCUGCACAAUUUCUUGCGGCCAGUAAUUUUCAUUAUGUACUCAUUUUGGAUUCCCCAGAUAGUGACUAAUGUCAUUCGGGAUACAAGAAAGCCCUUGCACCCAUAUUACAUAAUCGGAAUGUCUGUUACUCGCCUCGCCAUACCAUUUUACAUAUUUGGCUGCCCAAGCAACUUUUUGCGAAUAGAGGUUGAUAACUAUUGGUGCAUAUGUUUGGGAGUAUUUUUGGGAUUGCAAUCAUUGAUUCUCCUACUUCAGCAUUAUCUUGGAUCCCGAUGGUUCAUUCCCCGUCAGAUGCUCCCUGAAAAGUAUUGCUAUUACAGGAAGUUUGAAAGUUAUGCAUCUCAAGCGACAGAUUGUGUCAUUUGCAUGACUACCAUUGACUUCACAGAGAACUCAAAUCGCUAUAUGGUGACACCAUGUGACCAUUGCUUCCACUCGGUGUGCUUACAGAGAUGGAUGGAUAUAAAGAUGGAAUGCCCGACAUGCAGGCGUGCUCUUCCCCCUGCAUAGACCUGAUCUGACCGUGACGCUUGCUCUGAAUCAUAUAGUUAUGUCGAAACACAUUGUUAGGCACAACUUGUACCUCUCAAGCCUUAAAUUAUUUUCUGGAGAAGCUGCCUAUUGCAAAGGCUGAUGAAGAAACCGAAAGACAAUGCACUCAUUUCUUAAUGUAUCAAAACAAUUUAUAAUGUAUCACACAAUUUAUACCAAAACACAAACUGUACAGAUUUCUUCUUGUACUUAACAAUUGCAAGUUUGUGAGUAAAGCUACUUUCUUUGACUGUGAA